ACGGACUCUCACCACGACCACGAACGCCAGCCUCACAUUACCGCUACAACAAAGGUCGCUGCACUGUGCCCGCACAAUUAUCCGCCAAACGUAAUGCGCAAAUCGACCCCUUCUUCGUGCAACCCUUCACCAGCCGUCGCUUCCCAGCCUCUCCCAACCGCAAGCCACCCUCGACGAAGCAACCGCGCAGCACCCCGGCCCCGCCCUCUUCGGCCCACACGGACGAGACGCUUUGGAGACACUGUACAUGCAAACCGUCAAACAGUUCGUCGGGGAAUUGACAUUGCGGGCAAGGCACAACACUCUCUAGGAAGGCCGCCGCGUCGAAUCGGCGACGAAGCCUCAAUCUCGAGCGAGCCGGAACACGCGACACACCGGCCGAUCCAAGAUGGCUGGACGUGCGACCACGGAGCAGGCUGGGACACCGACCAUGUGGCAGACACCGCUUCUCCGAUAAGCCCCUCCUGCUAUCUGCCUCAUUUCUCGACGGCCGCGCCUGCAACCGACGCCGAAUACAUCCAAGAACUCUGGACAGCCGUGCGAGCUAUGAGUACCGGGUCAAGACAGACGAGGUCUCAGAAGGGGAAGAAGAAGGCCACCAACGAUGAAGAUGUCAACGCUGGAGAGAUUCCCGUCUCCGCACCGUCCACCGUCAUGCCCACACCCUCUACCACCGAGACGUUCGAAACCGCCGAGACCGCAUCUGCCAUAUCAAAGACGACCAGCCGCUCAAAGAGGAAGAAGCUGAAUACCAUGCCCGGCCCGCGCGACGUCCUAUUCGAAAGCGUCGUCAUGGCGCCCCACCACAUUGCUGUCAAUCCGAUCAAGACGGUGAGCAGUGGAGCACACAAAUAUUUCGGCACGGUUUGCGACACUGGCACAGACAGCGACAGCGAUGGCGACGGUGACACAGUUAUCGACACCGACUACAAGCGCCUCGAAGGUCUGGACCAUAUCAAGAUUUGGGUGGAUGCAAGCGAGGCGAAUUGCGAGGAAAUCACCGCCGAGUAUAAGGAGAUGGUGCGACAACGCUUGGUCGAAGCCGAGUUCGCGACGUUUGCGAAGGAGGAGCUGCUCAAAGGGGUACGCCGUGCUGAUCCUAUCAGGAAAGACGAACAAUUCCGCAUCCAACGCAUGGUCAACCCUUCGCUCCCGGUCAACGAUCCGUCCCACUGGCGAAAGCCGCCGUGUCUCGACGAGGCGGACAACGAAGUACACAACUGGAGAUGGGAUGUGCGUCCGGACUGCUCCUACUGGAUAUCGCUCCGAGGGUUCAAUGAAAAAUGGCAGUCUGAGGUACAGAACAUCACGUACGUGAAGGGCAACAUCACAUGCCCCUACUUCACCAUCGAGUUCAAGCGCGACGAUGACGAAGAGAAGACGGGUGCUGUUACGCCUGCGAUGAAGCAGGUCGCAGCGGCUGGAUCGAUCGCUUUGUACAACCGGUUCUUGCUCUGGCGCCGGGCACUUGCAGACAAUGACGUCGUCGAAGCCAGGAAAGCGAAAAGACCCGGCAAAGCCAAAGGCCAGUCCUGGAGCCCGACCCCCAUUGAUGAAGUCCGUCAUUUUGGGAUGACACUCGCCGGAAGCAGUUACACCGCCUGGGUGUUGAAGCCGCAGUGCAACGAGGGCGAGUGGGUGGGAUGCACUAUGGAGCGGCUGCAGACGGGGGACUGUUCCAGCUUAGCGGCCGAUACGGAGAAGCUCAUUCACUGGAUCAACGAGAUCCAUCGCUGGGGUUUGACGGUCCAUGGUCCAGCUUGCAAGAGGGAGAUCAAGAUAUGUUUGCGGGCCGCAAAGGUGCGGACAAGCGAUCUGUUCGACGGCGGCGAACGUGCAGAUGGCUGAGGUGGGCAUGGAGCGCGGUUGACGGUAGGUGGAGCUAGCGACCAAUGGUCCGCAGGCAUGUGUCCUGCGUUCCUUUCCUCCCAACCUCUCUAUCCCUUUGCUGAGUUGCGUUGUUGUCUUCGAGUUUGUGAAGCGUUUCGCUGCAUACAUCUCCGUCUAGUUUCAGAACCCAG